CAACUGUACGUACAUUUAUGAAGGAAGUGGAAAAUCCCCCAGCAUGCAUCGCUUCUCAAACUGUCAGAUUUACUUUCUUCACGUGUUUUAGCGCCGGAGGCAGCCAAGUGAAACAUUAAAGGUGGUCUAAGUUGCCAUCAUGCCACAGGCUGCUCUUGGCUUGCUGCUGAUGUUUGUGUACUCGGGUUCCUCGUUGGGAGCACAGCUGCCACAUUUCAAGCCACCUGACAUCCCCGGCUCUCGCCCCUUCCCUUGGGACCAGAUGAGACUCCCCAAAACCGUCUUCCCCGUCCACUAUAUGCUGACCAUGCACCCCAACUUAACCACCUUGAACUUCAAGGGUAUCGUUUGCAUUCAGCUGGACAUACGCGAGGACACCACAGCCAUCGUCCUUCACGCCAAGCAGUUGAAGACCUUCAAUGUGAAGCUUAGGACGCCUGAGGGUGUGCGGGAUCUGCAAGUUCUGGAAAAUCCUUAUCAUCAGCAACUAGCUUUGGUCUCAGACGAGGUGUUGACCAAAGGGAAGGACUACGAGGUCGAGUUGGAGUUUUCUGCCGAGCUCUCUGACAGCUACCAUGGGUUUUAUAGGAGCAGCUACCGCACGAGCAGUGGGGAAGUCCGGAUGCUGGCAUCCACGCAGUUUGAAGCAACGUUUGCCAGGACCGCCUUCCCUUGCUUCGACGAGCCCGCCUUCAAGGCCAACUUCACCAUCUCUGUCAUACGAGAGCCUCGACACAUCGCCAUAUCCAACAUGCCUAAGACAAAAACGCUAGCGUUGCCUGGAGAUGUGCUGGAGGAUCGCUUUGGCACCACGGUGAAGAUGAGCACGUACUUGGUGGCCUUCAUCGUGUCUGACUUCCAGUCCGUGAGCAAGUACACCCUGCAGGGCGUCAAGAUUUCCGUCUACGCCGUGCCUGAAAAAGUCAACCAGACAGGUUUCGCACUGGAUGUUGCUGUCAGGCUGCUGGAUUUCUACGACAACUACUUCAAUAUUGCCUACCCGCUGCCCAAACAGGACCUGGCUGCUAUCCCUGACUUCCAAUCGGGAGCUAUGGAGAACUGGGGUCUGACCACCUACCGAGAAGGAGCCCUUCUCUACGACCCCGACCAGUCGUCCGUCUCAGACAAAGUGCACAUCACUAAGAUCAUCGCUCAUGAGCUUGCACACCAGUGGUUUGGCAACUUGGUGACGAUGGAGUGGUGGAGUGACCUGUGGCUCAACGAGGGCUUUGCCAAGUUCAUGGAGUUUAUUUCUCUCGACAUCGCCUACCCUGAGCUGCAGACGGACGACAUGUUCUUGAUGAAGUGUUUCCAUGCCAUGGAGGUUGACAGUCUGGCCUCGUCUCACCCCAUCUCCACACCAGUGGAAAACCCCACCGAGAUCCAAGAAAUGUUUGACGACGUGUCUUAUGACAAGCGAUGUUUCCUCGUCUUGAAGGGAGCGUGCAUUCUGAAUAUGAUACAAGUCUUCCUGACGCCCGAGGCUUUCGAGGUGGGGAUUAUCCGCUACCUGAAACGAUACAGCUACCGGAACACCGUCAACAGCCACCUGUGGGAGAGCCUGACAGAUAUUUGCAAUGGGGAUGAUUUGCAAGAAGCUCUGCCUAAACAAAAGGAAUUCUGCUCCAAACGCGACCUCGAAUCUGGAAAAUCUUAUAAUGACAAUUUGAAUGUCAAGACCAUCAUGGACACAUGGACGCUACAGCAGGGCUUCCCGCUGGUCAGUGUGGAGGUCAAAAACCGCGGGGUGUGGCUCACCCAGGAGCGUUACCUGAAGAGCGGGGACGCUGCCUACACUGAACGAUUUUGGCGCGAUCUACCUUCCACAUUUUUUAAUCCAAUUCAAACCGUUCCAACUUCAAACUGUUCAGCCUAUUUGGGAAUCGCGGGCUUUCCCUUGACAAAUUCCAAAAGUUCCCAGAUUUCCCAGAAUUACAGCAGAUUAGUUUGGUGGAUCCCUCUGACCUACAAGACUAGUGUUUCCAACACAACACAGCAUCACCUGAUGAAGUCAGAGGCGGACAUCCUGCGCCUGCCAGAUGAGGUCGAGUGGCUGAAGUUCAACGUGGACAUGAGCGGCUACUACAUUGUCCACUAUGCCAAUAAAGGUUGGCGCACCAUCAUUAAACUGCUGCAAGACAACCACACGGCGCUGAGCGGCAAAGACAGAGCCAGCCUCAUACACGACGUCUUCCGGCUCGCCAGCAUAGGGAAAGUGGACCUGGCGACAGCUCUGGACUUGUCCACGUAUCUUUCCAAAGAGACUGACAUCAUGGCCGUGAGUCAGGGCCUCGGAGAACUCUUACCUAUCUACAAGCUGAUAGAGAAGAGAGGAAUCACUCAACUGGAGAUAAGCAUGAAGCGUUACAUUCUGGACCUGUUCAAGGGUUUGAUCAGCCAACAGAAGUGGGACGACUCAGGUUCCGUGUCUGAGCGAAUGCUGCGCAGCUACCUGCUGCUGUUUGCCUGUGUCAGGAACUUCACUCCGUGCGUGACCAAAGCCCAGCAGCUGUUCAACAUGUGGAAAGACUCCGACGGUGACAUGAGCCUCCCCGUUGACGUCAUCAUGGCCGUGUACGUCGUCGGGGCUCAAACAUCGGAAGGGUGGGACUUCCUGUUGGAGAAGUAUCGACGGUCUUUGCAAACGUCCGUGAAAACACACAUCAAGGCUGCCUUGACGUUCACCCCGCUGCGUGACAAGCUCAAAUGGAUGUUGGAGCAGUCUCUCCUUGGCGAGGUGAUGGAAACUCAUGACCUCCCAGGGGUGAUUUUUUACGUCAGCAGGAACCCUAUCGGCCACAAACUCGCCUGGGACUUCAUCCGCGCGAACUGGCAGACCUUGAUCGAAAAGUUUGAACUUGGCUCCUCCUCCAUAGCGCACAUGGUGACAGGGGUGACCAGCCAUUACUCCACAUCAGCAAUGCUCGAGUCGGUGCAGAAUUUUUUUGGUUCUUUAACGGAGGAGACGGGCUCAGAGAUGAGGUGUAUCCAGCAGGCCUAUGACACCAUCCAAGACAACAUCAACUGGGCCAAUAACAACUUCUCCAAACUGCAGUCCUGGCUGAGCAAACAGCACCAUGUUCGAAAUAAACCUAAACCAACCAACCCACAUCUGCAUGUGGACUUGUAGCGGACACAAAAGGGAUUUAAUUUUUUUUACAUAAAUUCCCCAAAAAUGUGUGCUGGGGAAGGCUGGUGGUUCAGUAUUUGAGAGAACAAUCCAAAGUGGACUUCAGUCAUGUAAACAUAAACAAACACGAGUCGCAAAUUUGAGGACUUGAGGCUUGCUUGACAAACUCUGAUAAAAGAGUGGAUUUGGUUUUUGUGACUUGAGACUUGACUUGGACUUGAGGGUAGGGCUGGGCGAUUAAACGAUAUCAAUAUAAAUCGUGAUAGACACGUAAUCGAUAUCAAUGCAAUACAAAACGUAAACUUUUUUUUUUUUCUUCGUCGGAAUAAACCGGAAGUUGCAAAGGAACUCGCUCUCUGGUAGCCGAGCAACACAUGAAGUGAUCACUCAUCAGUGGGAGUGACAAGCUAACAACCAAUUAGGUAACGGUAUCAUCUAUAAUGUUUGGUUGCGCCAUUCACUGAAUUAGUAAUCUUACUCUUGAUUUUAAUUGUAUUCAAUAAUUAUAUAUAACCUUUCUACAGUUUAAUAGACUAAAACUUGUCAAAAGACAUGAAAGCAUUCGUCAAUCACAAAGAUUAUUUUUUUAACACAUAAACCUUAGGGUUAGGUCAGGCUGAUUAGAAAAACAGGUACUUAUGAAAUAUACCGCAUAAGAAAGGGAAUCAUAAAUAACUGAUGAAAAAUACAAUUAUGUUGUGAUAAAAUAAACUACCGGUAUAUGAAUGAUAAAUAAUUAAUAUGUUUCUUAAUUUAACUGCUAAAAAAAAUACAGCUUCACCACUUUAGUCGUAUUUCUUGCGCUUAAAAUACUUCUCUAUGACUGUAGUUAAUUUUUUCCCCGUUUGUUUGGGAUUGUCAUUACUGCCACAAGUGGUGGGAAAGGGUGUUACAACUGAGUAUUACCGUGGCCCAUACGGACCACAGCCGAGAAACAGAUAUUUUUUGGCGGCCCAACAGUGGGCCCCUGUCCCUAUGGUUAAGAAACACUGCUUUAGAGCACAGCCGUACCUUUUUGGCUCUAAACCUGCAGAACAUAUUUCUUCUCAGUUUUCUCUGUUUACGUUUUAACACUUUGCACUAUUUUGUUCCACUUUAUUAAGCAUUUAUUACGUAUUCCUUAUUUUUGCAGCUUUAAUUUAAGAGCUUAUUAUUAAGUUUGUAAUGUGAUUUUAGAAUUUUGUUGACAUUGAGUGUUUCCCGUGCUUCCUUUCUGCCUUGAUAGCUGAGGGAGAUAAUUUAACAAUGACUUUUCAACUUAAAUUUUUGCAUUUUUCCAAAGAUAUAUUUUUUUGCUAAAAUAUCUGUAACAGCUUCUUGCAGAUGUUGAAGGACGCCAGCCUUCUGAGGAAGAUGGCUCUGACCAUUCCCGCACAGAAGAGUUUGUGUUGGCAGUCCAGUCCAGUUUAUCCCCCAAUCUCUGGUAUUUGUAAGUGUGACCCACCGCCACCCAGUCAACCUUAAUGUUCUGGGCGCGUCCUGGUUCUCCUCAACGCCACCAUUUCCCUGGUCUUGGUGGUGUUGAGGAACAGGUGGUUCGAGUCCAUUGACCUUGGAAGUUGGAAGUGGGAGUUUGGAAUGACGUCAUAGUUGAGAUAUGAGCGUUCCAGGUAAUCAACAGUGUUGGGUUAGUUACUGAAAACCAGUAACUAGUUACAGUUACUAGUUACUUUAUUUCAAAAGUAACUCAGUUACUAACUCAGUUACUUACACCAAAAAGUAAUGCGUUACUGUGAAAAGUAACUAUUUAGUUACUUUUUUUUCUUUUCUUUUUUUUUAAAAGCUCCCUUAAUUCCCUUUUAGCCUUCAUUUCAGUACUGUUAUUGCACUGGAGAAUAAUACAAUCUGUUGAUCAACUUGACAUGCAUUUGCAUCACUGAACUCUGCUAAGCAAUGUGGUCUACAUACAACACACAAAGACAAAGAUAUGUUUCAAAGGGCCAAUUUAUUUCAGGCCAGAACAAAUUGACAAAACUAUUUUAAAUAGCUGCAACAUAACAUAAAUAAGUAACAAACAGCAUAAUAACAACAUCGCUGUAAACCUGGCUUCACCUAAGGAAGGCACACGUGACAUACACAAAGCCUAACCAGGCAGAUUUGAAUUGUUGUUUUGGGCAGUAGACGGGAUCUUUGAUCCAAGACACAACUUACAUUUAACUAAAAUGUUCUUUUCUUCGUGCUCGACAAAAGAAAAUAAGUGAGAAUAUCUCCAUGUUAAGACACUCGACUGCAGCUCCGUUAACACAGACCCCCCCCCCCCCCUCCCCACACCCACACCCAGACACACACAGAGCGCGCCUCCAGCUUGUGACACAAGAAUAAUCAGAAGGACGUCACUGCAGCGCUCCAAUAAAACACACUCAGAUCUUCUGUUUCUCGCCGAUACUACAUAAAAAAUAACGUAAAAUAACGCAGUAACGCAUCAUGUAGUAACGGUAACUGAGUUACUGGAUACAAAAAAUAACGCGUUAGAUUACUAGUUACCGCCAAAACUAACGGUGUUACAGUAACGCGUUACUUUGUAACGCAUUAGUCCCAACACUGGUAAUCAAGAUGGCCACAUCCAUGAAAAUCAUUGAUGUGGCCGUCUCCGUUUUUGCGCUUGCCUUAUCCGAAUAUAAACAACUUCUGGGGGGGAAAUGCACUCUUUCUGCAACCUUCAAACACUGUGGAUGAAGAGAAAAUA